AUGCCUUUCCUCGCAGGCUUCGAAACCGUCGUUCUAGUUAGCGGCCUCGCCUUCUCCACCGGCAUCGCCAUCCCCUGGGUCACAACGGUCGAAAAGCGCGAGCUACGCGAUGAGAACGCCGAGCUGCGCGCGCAGGGCCGAGGCGAGAUUUCCUAUCUGAAGUAUGUCUGGCAUAGCAUUUGGCAUGAAAAGAAGCCUUCACAGGUGAAGGCGGUGGAGGCGCAGGGUGGUGAUGUGGAGGCUGAGGAAGCUCAUGAUGUUCAGACAACGCUUGGCAUGGACGAGACUGGGCAGUUAAUUGUGGUGAAGCGGAGGAAGGUGAGGAAAGAUCUAUAG